AAAAAAUGGAACACACCAGCAGUGUGAGGAGACCUGAAAGUGGCACAUGGCAGAGUGUGGCGAUGGAGACAGCAGCAAUGGGAGGCCGUACAGGGACCCAUGAGACACUCUGGACCUGGCAGCAGCAUGAGGAGGCGGUACAGGGGCCCAUGGCAGAUUACGGGCCUGGCAGCAGCAAUGGGAGGCCCGUAAUCUGCCAGCACCCUAUGACAAAAUGGAACCCACCAGCAGUGUGAGGAGACCUGAAAGUGGCACAUAGUCAGAGUGUGGCGAUGGAGACUGCCAGCAAUGGGAGGCCGUACAGGGACCCAUGAGAGAUUGUGGACUGGCAGCAGCAUGA